GUGGGCGCGUCGCUCUUCGCCAGUAACAUCGGCUCCGGUCACUUUGUGGGUUUGGCCGGGACGGGCGCGGCCGGAGGAAUCGCCGUGGGAGGAUUCGAGUGGAGCGUCAGCACCAUGCCCGAGUACCUGGGCCGGCGUUUCGGGGGGGGGCGGAUCCAGCUCUACCUGGCGCUGCUGUCCCUGGGGCUCUACGUGUCCACCAAGAUCUCGCCUCAUGGCCACGCCCCUUUCCAGGUGAUCGUCCAGCGCUGCCUGGCUGGCCGCUCCCUCACCCACGUCCGCGCCGGCUGCGUCGUCUGCGGGUACCUCAAAGUGCUGCCCAUGUUCCUGAUGGUGCUGCCCGGCAUGGCCGCCCGCGUCCUCUUCCCCGAGGUGGUGGGCUGCUCGGAUCCCCAGGGCUGUUCCCGCGCCUGCGGAUCCCCCCUGGGCUGCUCCAACGUGGCGUAUCCGCGCCUGGUCCUGGGCCUGCUGCCACACGGCCUGCGGGGGCUGAUGCUGGCGGUGGUUCUGGCGGCUCUGAUGUCCUCUCUGGCCUCGAUCUUCGCCAGCUCGGCCGCUCUGUUCACGCUGGACGUUUAUCGGCGGCUGCGGCCGAGGGCGGGGCAGCGGCACCUCCUGGUGGCCGGGAGGCUUUGGGUGGUGGCCAUGGUGGGUUUAAGCCUGGCCUGGCUCCCGGUGGUGGAGGCGGCCCGGGGGGGACAACUCUUCGAUUACAUCCAAGCCUUGGCCUCGUACCUGGCCCCGCCCGUGGCCGCCGUGUUCUGCCUCGCCGUGUUCGUGCCGCGCGUCAACGAGCCC